AGGUGUUCAAGCAGAUCUUCUACGUGAUCAACGCAGUCGCCCUGAACAACCUGCUGCUGAGGAAGGAUGUCUGCUCCUGGAGCACGGGCAUGCAGCUGAGGUUUAACAUAAGCCAACUGGAGGAAUGGCUGCAUGGGAAGAACCUGCAGCAGAGUGGAGCAGCACAAACUUUGGUGCCCUUGAUUCAGGCAGCACAGCUUCUGCAGCUGAAGAAGAAAACCUCGGAGGACGCCGAGGCCAUCUGUUCCCUGUGCACAUCACUCACGACCCAGCAGAUCGUAAAGAUCCUUAAUCUCUACACUCCUGUGAACGAGUUUGAAGAACGUGUGACAGUAGCUUUCAUACGAGACAUACAGGUAAAUUUAAAGGGCUGUAACCUGGAGGGCACGAAUGGCAUCUGU